UACGCCUCUGCGCCUCCUGUGCUGCAACAAGACGAGCUUCCACUAUUUCUCGAGCAAGUAUCCGGCGGUUCUGCAAACCGGUCAUAAAAAGACUGAGGAUCUUCGGGCGGAGUUUGAGAAGUGUCAAAACAAGAGUCUGCACGCAACUGAAAGGAACGCCUGUACACUAGCUCAAACGGAUAUAUACGGGACAUUCGCAAUGGGCUUGGCGCCUGAGAGUCUCUACUCUCUUAGUCUGAAGAGAUUUGGAGGACUUCUCUACUACGAUGCAGCUUGGGACAGCAGUUUUGGGCUUCCGUGCACGGCAGCGCGCAACUUUCGCGGUUUCGUUCUCACCGAGCGCGUCUGCAAUGCUCUCAUAGCUUAUUUCUCAGCCAGAGGUAUCGCUCACAGAGAGCUGCUUGCAUUGUUUAGUGAUCCACACGUCUGCAGGGUCACACAAGCCAACUUGAGAGUUACCCAAGGUUCUGGGGAUCGUGUGCGUGAUUUGGUGGUAGGAUUGUCGUGUGACUUCACAGACUCGGCUGUCGAGAUCCUCAACAAGCACAGCCUAACCGACAUCGAUUUGAGCUAUCGUGAUCACGCCCCCUCAUGGUCGUUGAGUUCAAUGUCUAAGUGUAGCUCUCGGUCUCUAAAAAAGUUGUCGAUGAUCGGCUGUGACAAAUAUAAUGAUUUCGAAGCGAUCAGAGAGUUUGAAAAUAUUCGCAUGUUGAAUCUCUCUCAGUGUCGCAUCGACGAUCGACAACUGCAGUGUGUCGGGGAACGUUUGAAACACGUGACGGAACUCGACCUGUCGUUCUGUCGUGGCCUCGUGUCGUAUCACGGACUGGCCAUGUUGUCGAGUCUUGCAUCGUUGACUCUCUACGGAUGUACCUACAAUCGAGAUUUAAUGCAAAUUCUAUUGAAAUUGGCCGGACUUCGUCACUUGGAUAUCUCGAGUGUUCCCCUCGGCGACCUGGGUUUUGUCAUACCUCUGGGACUGAUUGGAGGUCAGGAGGUUGUGAGCAAUUAUGUUGGACAGAUUGUUGGACACUUGCCGAGCUUGGAGUCGUUUGAUAUUUCUGGAUGCAAACUGAACAACGACACGGUGGUGUGUUUGGAGAAACGAGCGGACAAGUUUCAGUUUCUUGGACUUUGUUGUGUUGGUGGCGUGCCGUCGUGGGAAUGGCCAGGAAAAGUAGCAAACGAGGUUGCCAGUGAGCUGCAAGUUGAUCAGAUCAUCAUUGCACUGCAUCGUUACAUAUCAAGAUAUCAAUAUGGUCAGUAUCUUCUUCACAAACUCUACUCAAAUCUGACUGGGACAGAAGUCAAUGGACGCCUUGUAAAACCAGCAUUAAAUGCUGCUGUGAAGGUUGUUGAAGCGAACAGAAAACGCAAACCCUUGGUUAUCAGUGGAACAGCUGCAAUUUACCAGCUGGUAAGACACAAGGCAUAUAAAGAUCAGGAUACAUCUACUAUGCAUGAUUUGACAAAGCUGCUGCUAAGGAUCAUAGAGGAUGAUGAUGACAGUAAUCAAGCAAAGCAAAUUGUACGAAACUGUCUGCUUAUUCUGCUGCAGUACAGCAUAGAAUCAUAUAUAAUGAAUCCAUUCCGAGGUCACAUCAUUCAAGUUGCUCUUGCAUACAUUGAGAAUAGCUUCAAUGACGACCUGACCCACAUAGCUACGUGUGUCAUUUACAGCUUCGGCUGUUCAACAACAACCGAACAGAAAAGUCAACUGAGAGAACUCGGAGCUCUAAAGACACUCAUUGCUUUGGUCACAAGAAAAGCUCAAGCAAAUGAGUUUGAUGCGGUUGUCGAGACUGCGUCUGGCUUUCUGUGGAAUAUUACUGACGAGAGUCCACCGAAUUGUGAAGAGUUCAUCAACUGUUGUGGAAUGGAGCUGUUUAUGUCAAUCUAUAAGGAUGAUCACAAUGCUCAACCAGUCAUCAGAAAUCUUCUUGGAUUAUUGGGAAAUGUAGCUGAAGUUCCAUCAUUACGACAUCACUUCAUGAAUGAUGAUGUCAUCAUGGCUUUAGUGAAGCUACUGGACGAGAUUCAGGAGGAAGAUAUUGAGAUCAGUUACAACACGUGUGGUAUCUUGUCACACAUUGGGACGGACGGCCCUGAAGCAUGGAAAGUGCCGACGCCACAACAAGUGGUGUUCACAGCAAUGGAGGCUGCAAUUCGGCGCUGGAACAUCGAUGCAAACAGAAGCAUCAACUACAAUUCCCUUGAACCAGUGCUGAGGAUCCUACAAAACAAAACCUGCCCAGCAGCUGAACUAUGGGCCAUCUGGGCUCUCGCCAACCUCACAAACGUAUCAAGCAGCAAGUAUUGUCCAAUGGUCGAAUCGGAAGGAGGCAUUCCUCUUUUGAAGGAAAUAUUCGAUGAUGUAUCGACAGAGAAGAUGACGAGAGAGUUAGCUGGUCGAACUCUGGCCAUUUGUGAUGUACAUCAACAUGAACAGUAGUGUAUUAUUUCGAUUUGUUUUUACAUUCUUUCAGUUUGAAAUCAAAACAGAAACGGUUUAAAAUAUGUAGCAUGUUCUGAAAGUGUUUGACACUUUACAAUCUACAUGUUUAUAGCAAAUCGUUUCGACUGCUGUAGAAGACUUACCAAUUACCAUAUACAAAUGCCAAAUGUA